UGGAUUGGAUUAUAUCGAACAAGGGAAAAUCCAUCUAGUAAUGCAUCAGACAUUAUAUCGUGUACAUCGGCUGAGAACAAUGAAAACUGCAUUUAUAAUUAAAAUAUUGUAUAGCUUUUUUGUUGUUGGCAUACAAGAAGCUACGGCUCUCAACUGCACCAACUGUUUCAGCAUGAUCGGGUGGGACGAUUGCAAAAAUCACAGUGAAGCGCUCCCAUGCAGCAUCGCCGUGGUUAACGACAUCCACAGUGAACUGGUAGAGUUCAAUCCCACUUUACAGAGUUUACCGGAAACAACUGCCAAUGUUAGUUUCCAGUGUUUCGCGAUUGAGUUGGAGUCGAACAGAGCCCGACCCACGGGGGAGACCGAUCGGGGUUAUGUCUCGGGCUGUACCUUCAAGCAGCAGAAGGUUUGUGGCGGAUGGACGAACGAGACCCGGUUGAUUCGGUGCGCUUCCUGUGAGACGGUGGAUAUCUGCUCAGGGGCACGGCAUGGGCUAACGGCGGGAUCAUGGGUAAUGCUAGUUAUGGGGGUGAUUGCUUUCAUGAAUGUCGGUGUUUCGAGGAUGCUUAAUGGUUUAUGUUUAAUUAUUUAAACGCGUAAACUGAACAUUUCGAGAAUUCAUCAAAUAAAUUAACAUUAAAGUGAUAUAGCUCCAUACAUCACGAA